AUGCCAUGCUUCGUCUACAUCAAUGGCUACCCCGACAUCGGGAAGCUCACAAUCGCGAAGGAGCUCCAGCAAUUACUCCCCAGCUCAAAGAUCUACCACAAUCACCUCCUCAUCGAUCCCAUCGACGCCCUCGUAGAGCGCUCGUCUCCAGGCUACCAUGAGAUGCGAACGGUUCUACGGCGGCAUGUCCUGAACGAAAUCGCGACGUCGGAAUAUACCAAGGAUACAACGUGGAUCUUUACGGAUGCGCGAGACGCAAGCGCGGCGGGAGAGAUGGGCGCGAAGGAUUACGAGGCUGCAGCAAGAAAGCGAGACGUUUCGCUCAUAUCGAUCGUGCUGGAGUGCGAGAUUGAGGAGAACAUAAGGCGGGCGACCAAUCCGGCGCGGAAUCAAAGCAUCAGCGCGAAGCUUACGGACGAGACGAUAUUGAGGCCGAUUCUGGACAAGGAAUCAAUCUAUCGCUUCGGGAAUGUGACCGAGUUGGUGCUGGAUGUCACGAAAUUGAGUUCGGAAGAAGCUGCUCUGCGGAUUGAGGAGCAUGUCGAUCGGUUGACUGCAUGUCCGUGA